CGCUCAGCUGCUAAAGCUGCUGCCUCGUGGGCUGCCAGGGGUAGGUUUCUGGGGGCUUUGUCUGACUGGGCUGGGCCAGGACAGAAUGGGGAUUCUGAUAGUGCUGUUAGGGAUGCUGAGCUUCCUAGGAGUGGCUGAGGGGGGCUCCUCUGCCCUCCUCUGGGACAGCACCUCCUGUCACUUGGCCAGGCCCAUCCCCGGCAGCCCCUUGGGGACCCUGAGCUUUUUGGGCAAGAAUGCCCAGAGGCUGGCCCUGUUCCACACCCAGUGGGAUGGGCACGGGAGGCUGCAAGCCUGUAGCCGGCAAGAUGAGCCAGAGCUCACUGCAGCCUUCAGUGCCCUCUGUGCUGGUGAGAUUACCCGGGGCUCCUUUAUCCACACCCCUGGACCUGAGCUGCAGAGAGCCCUGGCCACACUUCAGAGUCAGUGGGGAGCCUGCCGAGGGACUGAAGAGGGUCCAGCAGGGGCUAGGGAGAAGCGAGCAGCAGGGGCCGGGGAGAAGCAAGCAGAAGGAUACAGAGGAGCACCCAGCAGCAUAGGACACCAGCGGCUGAAGAGAGGCUGGACCAUGCCUGGAACGCUGUGGUGUGGAGUCGGGGAUUCUGCCGGGAACUCCACAGAGCUGGGAAUCUUCCAAGGCCCUGAUCUCUGCUGCCAGGAACAUGACCGAUGCCCACAGACCAUCUCACCCUUCCAGUACAACUACGGUAUCAGAAACUACCGAUUUCACACCAUCUCCCACUGUGACUGUGAUGCCAGGUUCCGGCAAUGCCUGAAGAACCAGCAGGACUCAAUCUCGGACAUCGUGGGCGUGGCCUUCUUCAAUGUGCUGGAAGUCCCCUGCUUCGUGCUGGAGGAGCAGGAGGCGUGUGUGGCGUGGUACUGGUGGGGAGGGUGCAGAACAUAUGGCUCCAUACCUCUUGCCCGCCUCCAGCCCAGGACCCUCUAUAAUGCCUCCUGGAGCUCUCCAGCCACCCCCCAGCCUCCCAGCCUUCAGAACCCAGCCCCUAGCCAGCCACAACAGAAGCAGCAUCCCCAGAAGCAACAACCACAACGGAAAGGAUCUAAGCACCCCAGUAAAACCAAUACCACAGCCCUCCGGACCUCUGUGGCCUCCUCCCAACCUGAUAUGUCCCCCACAGCCUUGCUGGAGGUCACCCAUCCAGGCCUCCAGGGGCCAUGGAGUGGCCUAAAACCUCAGGAUGCCCGCCGGGCCUGCCACAGCUUCCGCCGCCUAGAUCAAUGUGAGCAGCAGAUCGGGCCUCAGGAAACAAAGUUCCAGCUGCUCAAUAGUGCCCAGGAACCCCUCUUCCACUGCAAUUGCACACGCCGCCUGGCACGCUUCCUGAGGCUCCACAGCCCACCUGCAAGCACUAGCAUACUUUGGGAGCUCCUAGGCACUACCUGUUUCAAGCUGGCUCCUCCAAUGGACUGUGCUGAGGGCACAUGCUGUUUCAGAGACCCUAGGGCUAUCAAGGUGUCAGCUCGGCACUUGCGGCGACUUCAGCAGAGGCGACUCCAGCUCUGGGGCACAGAUGAGGGGCAGGCAUGGUCUUCAAAUCACCCAAGAGCCCACAUGUCAUUCUAUGACCGGUGUCUGCAGCUGACCCAGGCAGCCUGGAGACCUGACGGGCAGCAGAAAUUCUAGAACCAGUGACCUCAGUUCCAGCUCUCCUGGGCACCAAACUGGACCUUGCCCCUGGCUCUGCUAGGCCCUGGGGGUCUUGCCCUCCUCUCCAUGUGUUAGAUUGAAGCAUGGCACAGGCCCUUGUAGACAGCCUGGAGGCUGGAUGCGGGGAAGGAAGAGCAAGGCUG